UUGACGUACGCCACAGGACUGACGCAGGAGGAAGGAGACGCCAUUAGAGAAGGAGGGCGGCUUGUUUACUGUUUGGUUCGACUGGGUGAGCCGGCGGCUUUCCCCCCACUUGGUCUGCGCUUUCCCUCCCCCUCCCUCACCGCCACAUCCCGCCCUGGUCCCAUGUGAUUGUAUCCGAGGCUUGCUUGGAUUCACUUUCCUCCCGAUAAUGGCGAGUGGCGGUAAAACCUACUCUUUUAAAGUUGUCCUGCUCGGGGAAGGCUGCGUGGGGAAGACAUCCCUGGUUCUGAGAUACUGUGAGAACAAAUUCAACGACAAGCACAUCACUACGCUUCAGGCAUCAUUCUUAACAAAAAAACUGAAUAUUGGAGGCAAAAGAGUAAAUAUUGCAAUUUGGGAUACUGCAGGCCAAGAGAGGUUCCAUGCCUUGGGUCCGAUUUAUUAUAGAGAUUCCAAUGGAGCCAUAUUAGUCUAUGAUAUCACAGAUGAAGACUCAUUUCAAAAGGUGAAAAGUUGGGUGAAAGAAUUAAGGAAAAUGUUAGGAAAUGACAUUUCUUUAUGUAUUGUAGGUAAUAAAUUAGAUCUUGAAAAGGAUCGGCAUGUAUCUGUCGAAGAGGCAGAAGUGUAUGCAGAAUCCGUUGGAGCAAAACACUUUCAUACAUCAGCAAAGCUGAACAAAGGAAUUGAAGAACUAUUUCUUGAUCUUUGUAAAAGAAUGAUAGAAACAGCUCAAGCAGAUGAAAGGGCAAAAGGAAAUGGCAAUGGUCAAUCUGCAAGCACACGGCGGGGUGUACAGAUAGUUGAUGAUGAACCCCAACAACAGAGUAGUGGAGGUUGUUGCUCUUAACUGACUAAAACUUUGUUUUUGAAAUGAAGACUGUAAUGUACCACUUCACAUUUAUCAGCAGAAUGUUAAAUGUUUUAAAAUAACUCUUCUUUAAAAGGACUAAGUGCUAAACAAGUGGAAUGUACUGGAAGGUUUGGUUUUGCCUGUUUUACACUUGUCUGGACAGAAAAGAUCAAUGGCCUUUGUCAUGAAUCUUAUUUCAAAUUGUCCUUUUUAAUGAAAAGCUGUAUGAUUUGCAUGAAGCAUCAUUGUUAUGUAGAAGUUCCAGUUAUAUUGUCCCUUUAAAAUCAAAUCUUUAUUAUUUAAUAACUUAUGUGUUGGAACAAUAUGCAUUUGGCUAUUUUGAACACCUAAUGUGCAGAUUCAGUCAGAUUUAUAGUUUGAAUAUAGGGUAUUGCACAGCAUCCUUCUCAUUAUGUGUUAAUUCUUUUUCUUAAUAUGGUGAAAAUAUGCAUAGAAUAUUUUGUAUUGAAUAUUUUAUCCAGUAUUCAAAAUCUGUAUAUGUCAAAGAUUGUUUUUUCAAAAACCUGGAUGGAAAGGAGUGAUACACACUUAGAUAAUGGUUUUGAUUCUAUUUAUGUGGCACAGCUUGGAUUUUAAGUUUUUGCAGAACCAGUUGAUGGAAAUGUGCUUUAUUAGUUCAGAGAGGAAAACCUUAGCAACUGGGACCUGAGGGAGGAAGGCAACCAACAUGUCAAAGGAAUGCUAAAUAACUAGCAAUGGUAGUUAUGAGAAAGAAUAGUAAAAUUGAAUGGUUGAAAUCCAGCUUGUUUCUCAAUUUGAGCAAGAAAUAGAAAAUAUUGAAUUUGGGGAGGGAAAUAACUGUUACUUUUUUAGUUUGGAAGUUUAAAUUGAAUUUUAGAGAGAUUGAUUGACAUUGGGAAUUCAGGUAUGUCCAGCUUGAUCUAAAAGUCAUUAUUUCAUAAAAACAGUAAAGCUAUCACCAGAUCAAAGAUCUCAUUAUGUCUUAAACAAUAUUCUCAGCUGUUCACUGAUAAACACCUGCCAGAAAUGUGACACAGUGUUUUCUUAGUUUGCCUGCAUCUUCUGUAUCUCUUCUCCAUGCAGGGCCUUGCAAAAGCCAUAGUGCUCAUCACAGGAUAGAUGUUGAUCUGAGUGAGACUGAAGUGAUGUAAUCCGAUUGUUUCAACCAUGUAUAUCCUUUAAUCCAACUAUAGGAUUGGAGAUCAUUAUUGUAAUAAAUCGCUUCAAUCCCCUAGUGACACUGCCAGGACCACACUUCGAAAUCUACAUUGUGCCAGUUGCUUGGUGAAAUUUUAAUUUUCCUUCUGCUUAAAAAAAAAUCCCUGAUAGAAUCACAAUAACCUGUGGCUUUAAUACAAUUAAGAUUCCUAUACUUGUAUAAAAUUGUGCCUGCAUCAGUCCCAGGAAAUUGAAACUCAGACCCAAUAAUUCAUCACCUGCUGUUAAAAGCCUGUAUGUUUCUUAAUAGAGUGGGAUCUGAGUUUCCAACUUGGGCAUCAAAGUUAUCAUGUAGUUAAAUUUGUGCUUAUGCCUGUAAUGAUGCAGUUAACAUUUUGACAAGAUUAGUUUGUAGAUGGUGUGCAAGGCAGUAAAUUCAUCCAUUCGUACCUCUUCAAAGGUAUUGCAUAUAUGGUCAUUAAUGAAGCUAUAAACACAAAAUCAUGACAUUUUAGUUAUGGGAUUUGGGGAGAGGGGCUUGUAUUGGUAAUCCUGUAAUCAUUCAGUGACCUCCAGAUAGUGGCUGAAAUGCUUCUUCCCUGGUGUUGCUGAAAAGAAGUGUACAUUAGGUAUGUGUGCCAUUAGUUUUGCUGUUAAUUUUGAUGGAAGAAUGUGGACAUUCAUUUUUGUCAAAGUAUACACAGCUACUGUAAUAAAUUUGACAUAGUACAUAAAAUUGUUCUUGGAGCAGAACAGGAAGUGCGUUUAAUUUUGUUCACCAUCUGAACAGCAGUUUCAGCCCCUAAUGAUUUUUGGUUGUCAAAUUAGGCUUUGAAAAUAGCCACAAUUUGAAGACUAUGUUAAUUGUUUCAUGUGUGCAGUAUCUGUGGAGAAAAACCUUAAUUGUAUUAUUUGAAUAUAGUUUUAAAGUGUACAUGCAAAUUUUCUUAUUUGUAAAUCUAAAGCAAUGUAAUAAAUGCACUAAUGAAUCAUCUUAUAA